AUGAAUUUUCCAAAGAUGAAACUUGGACCUCUCAGUUUUAAAUUUAUCCUCAAUGGUUAUUUUCCAAAGACCAAAUGGAACAGUAGUGCAUCUAUCAUGGAGUUGGAGCUCCCUGGAGUAAAUUUUUCUAGUAAUUUACCUGAAUCUAUUGGAUGCCUAACUUCACUGGUUUAUUUGUCACUUGGUUAUUGUAACCUCUCAGGACCUAUUCCAAAAUCUCUUUGGGAUCUCACUCAUGUAGAAUAUUUGAACCUUGGAAAUAACCAUCUUGAAGGAUCAAUUCCUCUAUUUACAAGUGGACUGCAGAACCUUAAAACACUUUCGUUGUCGGGUAACUCGUUGAAUGGAGCAAUACCAUCCUGGAUAUUCUCUCUGCCAUCACUAACUUAUUUAGGCUUAGGUUCUAAUAGCUUUUCUGGUCAGCUUGAAGAUUUCCAGUCUAAUUUGCUGGUCGAUAUUUCCUUAGAAGGGAAUAAGUUGCAAGGUUAUCUUCCCAAAUCAAUUCGGAACCUUGUGAACCUAGAGAUGCUUCAUUUUUCUUCUAACAACUUUAGUGGCAAGAUAAAUGUCAGCUUCUUUUCAAACCUCAAAAAACUUGAGGAGCUAAAUCUUUCUCAUAAUAGUAUUUCACUGAUAAAUUUUCUUAAUCUAUCUCACAACAAGUUGUCAGUUCUUAAUCUAUCCUACAACAUGUUGACAAGUUUUGACCAGAAUUCUCGUCCUCAUCUAUAUUCUGUUGAUUUACGAUCCAAUUCUAUUCAAGGUGGGGAGAUCCCUUCUUCUGUUUGCAAUUUGACAUCAUUAAGAGUUCUAUAUUUGGCAAGAAACAAUUUGAAGGGAGCAAUUCCACAAUGUUUGGGUAACAUGAGUGAUCAACUUGAGUUUUUGGAUAUGCAACACAACAGUUUUUCUGGGGAUCUUCAAACAACUUUUGGCCUUAGAAGUGGACUAAAAAGCUUCAACUUGCACGGCAAUAAGCUAGAGGGCAAAAUCCCAAGAUCCUUGGCCAAUUGCAAACAAUUGGAAGUUCUUGAUUUAGGAAACAAUCACCUCAAUGACACAUUCCCUAUGUGGCUGGGGAUUCUUCCAAAGCUACGAGUUUUAAGCUUGAGAUCCAAUAAAUUGCAUGGACCCAUUAGAGCUUCACGUAGUAUGAAAUUGUUUCCUAAGCUUCGAAUGUUAGAUCUCUCUUGCAAUGCUUUUACGGCUGAGAUACUAACAAGUCUUUUCCAUAAUUUGAAAGCCAUGAAGAGAAUUUAUCAAACAGCGAAGGGGCCAAAUGAUGAUUAUUAUGAAGACUCGGUAACAGUAGUAACAAAGGGGCAGGAACUUGAAGUUGUGAGAAUCUUGUCUUUGUACACCACUAUGGAUCUUUCAAUUAACAAAUUUGAAGGGCAGAUUCGUAGUAUGAUUGGAGACCUCAUUGCACUACGUGUGUUGAAUUUAUCACAUAAUGGGUUGCAAGGUCAUAUACCGACAUCACUUGGAAAAUUAUCCGUAGUCGAAUCAUUCGACCUUUCAUUUAACCAACUUUCGGGAGAUAUUCCAGAAACACUUGCUUCUCUUACAUCUCUUGCAGUUUUAAAUCUCUCCCGCAAUAAUCUUCAAGGAUGCAUCCCUGGAGGACCUCAAUUUGCUACAUUUCAGAACAAUUCAUAUGAAGGCAAUGAUGGAUUACGUGGAUUCCCACUUUCGAAAGAUUGUGGAAGUAGCUGGAGACCAGAGUCAGACAGCACAACGGGUGUGCUGGAUCAAGAAAACAAUUCUAUGCUUCUGAGUGAACUCAGUUGGAAAGUGGUUCUUAUGGGAUAUGGUUCUGGACUGUUUAUUGGAUCCUCCAUUGCAUAUUUCUUGCUGUCUUCUCGAAACUCAAAUUGGCUUUCAAGGAUUGCAGACGAUCUAGAAUACAUUAUCAUUGUGAGAAGGCGAAAGAAGCAGCUAGGACAAAGGCGUUACAGAAGGAGGAACAAUGAUGUCUAG